AUGGAAUUUGCAGAAGAUGAUGGCAACACCCGAACAGGAACUGUAUGGACUGCAACAGCACAUGCGAUUACAGCCAUCAUAGGCUCAGGUGUUCUGGCUCUGCCAUGGAGCGUAGCUCAAAUGGGAUGGGUUCUUGGCCCCUUCACACUUCUUGCCUGCGCAUCUGUGACUUACUAUACUGCAAAUUUGCUCAGUGAUUGUUACAGAACUCCUGAUCCUGUUCAUGGGAAGAGAAAUCACACUUACAUGGAUGUUGUCAGGUCAUGCUUGGGUCCAGGAAAUGUUCUUCUCUGCGCCAUUGCUCAGUACGCGCUGCUAUGGGGAACUAUGGUUGGCUACAUCAUCACUGCUGCAACAAGCAUGAUGUCCAUCAAUAGAACAAAUUGCUUCCACAACAAAGGCCACAAUGCCGCCUGCAACACAUCAGGAAAUUUAUAUCUCAUCUUGUUUGGAAUAAUUGAAUUGAUUCUAUCACAAUUUCCCAAUUUGGAGAAGAUAACAAUAAUCUCAAUAAUUGCGGCUGCAAUGUCAUUUGCCUACUCAUUCGUUUCACUCUUCUUGUGUAUAUUCAAACUCGCUUCAAACCAUGCGGUUCGAGGGACAAUUAUGGGGGCUAAAAUCGGUGGCACCGUGUCGCCAUCAUCGAAGGUUUGGUCUGCUUUCCAAGCCCUUGGAAACAUAGCAUUUGCUUACACCUACUCCAUGCUCUUGACAGAAAUACAGGAUACAAUCAAAUCUCCACCUCCGGAAAACAAAACAAUGAAGAGGGCUUCUCUAUAUGGGAUUGGUGUCACAACAACAUUCUAUGUAUCAGUAGGCUGUGUUGGAUAUGCUGCAUUUGGCAACAAUGCUCCAGGCAAUGUUCUUACAGGUUUCUAUGAACCAUUUUGGCUUGUUGACAUAGGCAAUGUUGCAGUGAUUGUCCACUUAAUUGGAGCAUUUCAAGUGUAUGGGCAGCCCAUCUAUGCAAAGUAUGAAAAUCACCUGUCGAAGAAAUGGCCGGAUUCUAUCUUCUUCCACAAGCGCUACACAUUGCCGCUCCCAUUCUGCAAGGCUGGAGCAUUUAGCUUCACCUUCUGCAAGCUCAUCCUUCGCUCUGUCUUCGUCAUAUUGACAACAUUGAUGGCAAUGAUGCUCCCUUUUUUCAAUGCCGUCGUAGGAUUGCUCGGCGCGAUUGCCUUUUGGCCCCUGACAGUCCAUUUUCCUGUUUCAAUGUUUAUGGUGCAGGCGAAAGUUAGGAAGGGUGAAUGGCGAUGGGUGAUGCUUCGCGGCCUGAGUGUCAUUGCCCUUGUUGUCUCUGUUAUGGCUGGUGCUGGCUCCAUUGCAGAUAUAGUGCACAGGCUGAAGCAUGUUACAAUGUUCAAGACAAGGCUGUAGGUUUUGGAGUUUUGAUUAUUUGUUACAAAAAUGGUUAUGUUUUAGUUUGGUCACGUUGAUGUGAUGUGAAAUGUUUGAAUGUUUGUUAUUUCUUGCAAAAAUUUAG